AUCAAUGAUACUUUUUGUUGUUGUUAUUGUUAUUAUUCAUUUAUAUAUUGUUUUGUUUUGUUUAUGUAGGAGUGAAGGUGUGUUCCAUGUCAGAUGUUGAAUAUUGACAAUGAUUUUUCACAUUAGGUGGGAAAAUAAUAACGUAACCGAAAGAGGUUACUUUCUUAUUUAACAAAGAACACCACUUAACGCGCGCGACGAUGACAGACUAAGGAAACAUGCCCAAGGUUUUUCUCAGCUGGUGCAAAGCGAAUCGUUUUAUCGAUUGAGGUUUUUAAGAGCUACUGCGCAUCGGCGGCAACUUUUUAUUCUGUUUGAAUCUUCUUCAAUUAUUUACUCCAAAUUGUCCAGACCAGACUCCAGAAUUUCAAUAAAAAUUAUUCAAUAAUUAAUUAAUUAUUUAUUGAGGAAAAUGUUUUUUAACAAAGUGACGUAUGACUCAACGUUGACGACCUUGAUAAUAUUUUAUCCUUGUUUCAAACUGUUUGUUCAUUUUACGUAUACUUGUCACAAUGGAGUCUACAUUUAUGAUUAGCAAGUGAUAUUAAUUUUUUUUUAAGAUAGAUUGUUGUAAUCUACUCUAUUAUACUAUAAAAUAUUACCAUAUAUUAUUGAUAUUAAUAUGUACAAGUUUGAUGAAGAACUUGAGCUUGUCUAUUUGCCGGCUGUUAUUUACAAACAACUUGUUGAUGAAUUAAAUGAUUACGGUUGGAAUGUACUGGCUGAACAAGUGUCACAACAGCUUGGGUUCAUUGGUUGCAGUUGGAUAAAAUCAUUAGAUGAUAAAAUGAAUUCAAAAAGUUCACCGGCUGAAAAUUUACUAGAUGAAUUAAAUAUACGAAUGUGUACAGUGAGAAUCUUAGGUAAACUAUUAGAAAAUUGUAAAUUAUUACGAGCGCUAUCAAUUAUUCAUGAACCACAAGCGUUAGUGAUCACGAGGCAGCCUAAUUCAAAUGAAACUGAUGAAGUAAGAGUAGCUUUUGGUAAAUGUUUUAAAUUAAAAUGUCAAGCUACAGGAUUACCACCGCCUGUUUUUGCUUGGUAUCACGAGAAUCUUCCGCUCGAGGGUCAAAAUAAAGAUGAAUUGAGUAUUAUUAUCAAUAAUACUGAUCAAGAAGGAGAAUACAAGUGCCAAGUGACCCAAAUUAGUUCAGAUGAGUUAAUUAUCGAUCAAUUAACGUCGAAUCCUGUUUGUCUAAAAAUAAAAUCAACGCCUGUUGUUAUUACUAAACAGCCAUUAUCGCUGGUUGAAGUACAUAUUAAUGGUACCCUUAGAUUAAGUUGUUUAGUAUACAGUCAUCCGGCUCCUAAUUAUCGCUGGUUUCAUGACAACACUCAAUUGAAGAUGCAGAAAUCACAUGAACUUGUUAUAGAAAAAUUUGAAGCUCAACAUGAAGGAAAAUAUUAUUGUCAUAUUUUUAAUGAUAUCAGUGAAGUUUACAGUGAAAAAAGUAACGUUGUUAUUCAAUUGCCUCGAGAAAAAGCAGUUGCCAAAAUAGCAUUGUUGAUAGCAAAUGAAAAUUAUUAUUACCAGGAAAAAUUAAAAACACCACAAAAAGAUGUGGCAAAACUUGGACAACUAUUAGAACAAAUUGGAUUCCAAGUAAUUUGUUUGUUAAAUUUAACCACCAGCCAAAUGAAAAAUGCAAUGAAAAUUUUUAGUUCAUUACUUUGUGAUGGUGUCUAUGGUUUAUUUUACUUUGCUGGUCAUGGUUUUAAGAUGCAGGAAAGUUACAUGCUUGCAGUAGAUGCUCCGAAUAAUUUUUUGAGAACUGACGCAAUAUGCGAGAGCGAAUUACUUGCAAUGAUUCUUCCUAAAGAUCCAGCACUGCUCGUUGUGAUUCUCGACACGUGUCAAACAGUCCCUCCGAAGGAAUUAAAUCCAGAAAUUCAUAGGGAGAUCCCAAAAGUAAACGAGUAUAGAAGUAACAAAAAUCUGAGAAAUUUAAUUCAAGCGUACUCGACAUCCAGUCAUCGACCAAGUUAUGAAAGAUUGAGUACUAAUUGUGGAUUAUACAUUACUCAUCUGAGUAAAUUUAUAACAAGAGACAUACCAGUGCAAAAAGUAUUUGAAGAAACUGGAAAAUCAAUUGAUAUCUGGUUUGAAGGCAAAGAGAGAAAUCAAAUUCCAAUGUUUGCUUUAACUGUUACUAAACCUUAUCGGCUUAUCGACGCUAUUUACGCAGGAAAAACGUCAGACGUUAUCAAUUAUUUAGAAACUAUUACAACUUUUCCAAUUAAAAUAAUUGAUCUAAAUUUUAAACAGAGUGGAAUUAAUUGUCAACUUGUCAUUACACAAUUAAUGAAACCAUAUUUAAAUUUCGUAAAACUUAAUCUCAUUGGUCUAAACGAUGAUGUCACUGGAAAUCUUUACCAUUCCGUAAAAUUAGAAAAAAAUAAUUUAUAUCGGUAUUCUCAAAAGAAUGAAUUCCACCUACAUAAUCCUCAGAUUAAUAAAGGGCCCAUCGUUAUAUCUAUUGAAAGAUGCGGCUCUUUCAUUGGCGCUACAUUAUUUCAAGUUAGUGAUCACAUUCCACUAUUAUUACGCAACUUGUAAUUAUUAUUAUAGGUUGACUUAUUAAUUAUAUGUAUAUAUAUGUAUGUAUUAAAUUACAAAAAAAUGUUACC